AUGCAAUCUUCUAUCAGCAAAGACCCAAUAGACGAAAAUACUAAAUCAGAAUAUAUAAGAUUGAUAAAGACUAUUAUCGAGAAAGCAGUAUCAAAAUAUGAUAAUAAGAAUGAAUUGGAU